AUGGCAAAAAAAAUCUUAGAGAAGUUAGAUAUUCUGGAUGAGCAAGCAAAGACACUCUUGGCCAUAAGAGCAAAGAAAAACUGCCUUCAGAGUGAAGUAAAGAAAAAGAUUUCAGUGAUACCCCUGACAUUUGAUUUUCAGUUGGAAUUUGAAAAGGAUAUUGCUACUUCCAUAUCUGAGGCAGAAUCAAAGAUCACAAAAGACAGAUCAUAUGGCAUUAAAAAAACAAAAAGAUAUGUCUCCUUCAAAAAUAUGCCUGAACCUAAAAAGAGUGAUUUUGAAAAGUCAAAUUUAAGACCACACUUUGUACCAACAAAAAUUAAAAUUCAAGAAAUCAAGUCAGUAGAGCCAGUAGAAGAAUAUCUAAAAUCAAAAUCUAUUAGAUCUUUUCAUUAUCUUAAGGAUACAACUGAGGCGGAACAUGCUAAGCCCUUCCAUGAACUGUAUUCACAGCAUAGACAACAACAAUGUAGAAGAACAUUGGGUUCUACAAUCUUUUCUCCUGUACCCAGCAUUCAGUCUAAUGCUUAUAAGAAUGAAAAAGACUCUAUUUACAGUACAAAAGAAAAUAAAUCCAUCAGAAAUGAUCAAUUAAAUGAGUAUUCAGUAAGAAAGAAAAGCUUGCUCCCCUUGUGCUUUGAGGAUGAACUGAAAGAGCCAAAUGCCAAGAUAAUCGACAUUAGUCCAGCAAAGACAGCAACUUCUUACACGGAACAAAAUGAUACAAACCCCAUAAUUUUCCAUGAGACUGGAUAUGUACAAAUGUUACUUUUGACAAAAAAUAGGCUUCCUUCCCAUUCUAUGGAAAAUGGAAAUGGUUACCCAUAUAAAAGAUCAAAUAUUGUUUUAGAAAGAAAUUGUGAAAUGCUCAAAUCUGUAGCUAGAGGUCAAUCUAUUACUCCUUCCAAACCCAAAAGAACUCUGCCUACAACACAGAAGAAAGCUAUACAAGCAGUAUCUUUUGAAGUAAGCCGUAGAGUUGUAGAUGAUAAACUAAGGAAGAAAACUAGCAAGCAGACAUUUGAAAACAUAUCUUGGAAUAAACUCUGUAACUUUUCACAGACUUUUUCCAGCCUAACAGAAAAAUUUGUGGGUUUCCUUGAUAAAACUGUUAUUCAAGAAAUGAGUGCUAAAACUGGCAAAUUUGAAAAAAUGUUUUCUACAGUAAAACCAAUGAGCAAAUUGAGUGCCUCACCUGUCAAAUAUUGCUCAAAGCCUUCAAAAAAUAUACUCAAAGUCCAUAAAAUAAAUAAUGUAACACCAUUGGAUGAUUUGUUAAACUUGUCAAGUAAAAAUUAA